UCUUGGUGUCAUCAAAUCCGAGUGUCAAUCUUUUUUUGUGAAUGGUAGACAUGAAAACAAAGAAAGGAAAAUGUAAAGUGGCACAUUCCAAGGUGACAUUUGUUUGCAGUCAAUUUUCAUUGAGGCAUGGUUUUUUUUUUUCAAAUUUUGAAGGGUUCAGUACCAAAAAGGUUAACGACUGAUUUAGUGUCACCAAUGAACCUAAAAUGCAUAUGACAGGAAGCCAAAAUACACGAAGCAAAAGCAUGGGGAGAUUUCCCAACUCCACAGCAAAAGUUUGGAGCUCAGAUUUGAACUCGCAACCUCCAAACCGAAUUAAAAAAAAACAAAAAAAACUUUUCGAUUAGCGGGUCUCCACACUGUCUGACCUCUUGGGUCACCCCGGCCACAUUCUCCGGCUCCGCCCCUGGACAGACGCGCGGCGCGGUCGCCAUGGAGACGAGGCAGGGGGGGGGGUAAUUGAGGGCAGGCCGGCCAUGGCUGCGACGCGGCGACACAAGCGUCUGCUGCUGAGCUUCGGAGGCGCUCUGGCGGCGUGCUGCGCGCUGGCGGCCGCCGUCUGCGCUGGACUUCCUCGCUGGCUGGACGGCUUCGUCCUGUGCAGAACCGGAGCGGAGCUUGUCAACGCGACCGGGAGCGAGCUCGACAAGUUCGUGGGACGUCUCGCCUACGGACUCUUCCACGGAGAGAGAGUGAAGACCUGCGGCUUGGGCGGCAGGACCUCACGAUUCUCAAUCUUUUCAGAGUUGAUGGGCGCCAUCCCAGCAGGUCUCCACGUGACCAUCAUCUUCUUCUGCAGCGCAUUGAUCGUCUUCUCGUCCGUUUCAAGCGGCUUCUUCUUCUUCAACGCCUUUGGACGUCCUUACGAGACGCUGCACGGCCCUCUGGGACUUUACUUGUGGACGUCCAUCUGCUGUGUGUGCAGCUUCCUGGUUGUGGUUCUGUUUGCGUCCGAAGUGAAGAUUGAGCGUCUGUCGGAGCGCAUCGCCAACUUCGAGGAAGUGACCUUCGUGUUCCAGACGCACGGCGAGCGCUUUGACGUCUGCUUCUGGAGCCUCCUCGUCGUCUUCUUCCUGCACGUGCUCAAUGUGGCGGUGAUUCGACUGGCGGGGAUGAACUUCCCCAUGUUGUGGGGGAAAGACUCCGACCCGAGCGGUGGCGCCGCCGACCUCAUGUACUGAAUCGAAAUGUAUUUCUUCACACGGCACAGCGAGCUACUGAACAUCACCGUGAGUCAAAAAAAGUGUUUCAAAUCGGUGUUCCCCAUUGAGACAAACUGAAAUGCCAUUAAUCAAGCGAAGCCCGUUGUUGUCUUUUUUUGGUCAUGUUUUUAAGAAAGGACAAUCGCACUCUAUUGUAUGAAACAAUUGAGAGAAGAAAAUGUAAACGAAUGUGCUAUGGUGUUGAAUGUUUGCCUUUAAGGGGAGUGGCCUAGUGAGGGACAUCGGGAAGGUGGUGCUUAGUCUUCAUUUAAGUUUCUGAACAUGCAUUUUGCAUAAUUUAGCUCUUUGCUCGUGUUUUCAUUUUAUAUUUGUAUUUGUUCAAUAAAUGGCUGAAAUUGCAUUGGCGAGUG